AUGAGCUAUUCAUCCAAAAAUAAUAAACGGGUAGUGAAGAAUAUGUCCAGUCUACCAUCCUCUGAUGUUUUUUCUUUAAAAGAAGAACCUCGCGGGCCUGAAGAAACAAUUUAUGUUGAUAAAAGACGUCCACCUCCACAAGAAGAUCCAUUUUUCGAGGAAUUUGAAGAAGUUUAUGGGACAACUCAGCCAUCUCGUCCAUGCACGUUAGUCUGGCGCGAUGUUUCGGUUCAUGUGAAAUUGAAAGAUGGCAAACUAAAGAGGCUUGUGAAUAAUGUGAGCGGCAUCGCAAAACCCGGCAAAUUGGUUGCGUUAAUGGGACCAAGCGGUGCCGGAAAGACUACGCUCAUGUCUGCAUUAGCCUAUAGAAAUCCAGUGGGAACUAUAACGGACGGUGAGAUCGCAAUGAAUGGCCUACCAGUUGGUGAUUUCAUGCACAGAGAGAGCGGAUACAUGCACCAGGAUGAACUAUUCGUGGAAAAUCUGACAGUCAUCGAACACCUUUCUAUUAUGGCCCGUCUUCGAAUGGAUCGGCGUACUUCGUCUCUUGCACGCAGAAGACGAGUCAAUCAGCUCAUGAGGCAGUUGGGAUUAUAUGAAUCCAGAUAUACACGUAUCGGAGGGUUGGAGGGUAGCAACACUCUAUCUGGAGGAGAAAGAAAAAGGCUAGCAUUUGCUACUGAGUUGUUGACAGAUCCUGGUUUACUGUUUUGCGAUGAGCCAACUACUGGUCUUGACUCCUCAUCGGCACAGAAACUGGUAUCUCUCCUCCGAGCUAGUGCGGUCCAGGGCAAGACAGUUAUUUGCACUAUACACCAACCUUCCUCCGAAUUGAUGGCGCUGUUCGAUAAGCUGGUGCUUCUCGCUGAAGGAAGAGUUGCGUUUGCGGGCAAUGCUUCAGGAGCGCUCAUGUUCUUUGAAAGCCUCGGAUACCACUGUCCAAUCACAUAUAACCCUACGGACUACUUUAUCAAAGUUUUAGCCUUGACUCCGGGCUCAGAGGGCGCAUCACGACAGGCUAUUAAAAGCAUCUGCGACAGGUUUGCAGUCAGUGAUGCUGCUAAAGAACUAGACAUGGAGAUACAUCUUGAAUUCCAUCUGAUGGACCAUGAAAAUGAGGAAUCAAGAAGAAUAAAACCGGAUAAUUUUAAGGCGCCAUUUUUCUUAACAAAAAUAAUGUGGCUUGUGUAUCGAUAUAUGCUGGUAAUAUUAAGAGAUCCCCGAGUACAAUUGCUACGUAUAGUACAAAAAUUAGCGAUAGCCCUAACUGCAGGGCUGUGCUUUCUCGGCACUGUGCGUCUCACGCAGGCCGGCAUUCAAGAUGUUCAAGGAGCACUCUUCAUCAUCAUAGCUGAAAACACCUUCAGCCCCAUGUACUCAGUGCUCCACAUGUUCCCCGAAGAAUUUCCUUUGCUCACUCGGGAACUUAAAGCGGGCUUGUAUUCCACACCGAUUUAUUAUAUAGCAAGGAUGAUUGCUCUGUUCCCAGGUCUGGUGAUAGAGCCGACGCUGUUCACGCUUGUCGUGUACUACAUAGCGGGUCUGCGAGCCACAGUCUUCGCGUUUAGCUUCACAGUCUUGCUGGCAAUUGCCGUACUUAAUGUUGCCAUUGCAUGUGGUUCCUUCUUCUCGUGCGCGUUCGGCUCAAUGCCUAUUGCUAUCGCUUACCUCGUGCCGUUUGACUACUCGUUAAUGUUGACGUCUGGACUAUUCGUCAAAUUAAGUUCAAUACCAAAAUAUAUAUCAUGGAUACGUCAUUUGUCGUGGGUGAUGUAUUCAAACGAAGCCAUGAGCAUUCUGCAAUGGGAUGGUGUUCAGAAUAUAACUUGCGUGGUGUCUGACAACAGCGUCGGUACGCCGUGUCUUAGCACCGGAGACGAGGUUCUGGGCAAAUACGACUUUCAGAGCAGUCAGUUCUGGAUCGAUGUCAUGGCCCUCGUUAUCCUCUGCUUCGCUUUUCACCUCCUGGCUCUCGUGGCGUUGAGAUAUCGUACAAGAAGAAAAUAG